UAUGAAAUUUAUGACAGUUGUGAAUGGAAACAAACAAAGGUACUGUAUUCAGUCUCAAAGCAACAUAGAAGAAUGCAAGGAAGUGAAAAACAAAUAGACUGUUCUGAAUGUGGUAAAAGAUUUAGACAGAGCUAUAAUUUGAUCACACACAUGAGAAUUCAUACGGGAGAGAAACCAUUUAACUGUUCUGAAUGUGGUAAAAGAUUUGGACAGAAGUUUAAUCUCAUCACACACAUGAAAAUACAUACAGGAGAGAAACUGUUUGACUGUUCUGAAUGUGGUAAAAGAUUUGGACAGAAGAGCAAUCUGACCAGACACAUGCAAAUUCAUACAGGAGAGAACAAGAGAAUUCAUACAGGAGAAAAACCAUUUGGCUGUUCUGAAUGUGGUAAAAGAUUUAGAUAUAAGCGCGUUGUCAUCAAUCACAUGCGAAUUCACACAGGAGAGAAACCAUUUGUAUGUUCUCAGUGUAAUAAAAGAUUUAGAGCAAAGGGGACUCUGAUCAGGCACAUGAGAAUUCAUAUGGGAGAGAAACCAUUUGGAUGUUCUGAGUGUGGAAAAAGAUUUGGAUACAAGGACGAUCUCAUAAAACACACAAGAAUUCAUACAGGGGAGAAACCUUUUGUCUGUUCUGAUUGUGGUAAAAGAUUUGGACAGAAUGGGGAUCUCCUCAAACACAUGAGAAUUCAUACAGGAGAGAAACCAUUUGGCUGUUCUGAAUGUGGAAAAAAAUUUGCACAGAAGGUUGAUCUUAUCAGGCACACAAGAAUUCAUACUGGAGUGAAACCUUUUGGCUGUUUGGAUUGUGGUAAGAGAUUUAGCCUGAAGAGCAGUCUAACCACACACAUUAGAAUUCAUACAGGUCAGAAACCAUUCAGCUGUUCUGAUUGUGGUAAAAGAUUUAGACAUCAGGGCAGUCUGAUUAUACACGUGAGAAAUCACAUGGGUCAGAAACCAUUUGGCUGUUCUGGGUGUGGUAAAAGAUUUGGAAAGAAAGAUAAUCUGAUGGCACACUGUAGAAUUCAUACGGGAGAGAAGCCUUUUGGCUGUUUGGAGUGCGGUAAAAGGUUUCAACAAAAGGGAAAUCUGACCAAACAUGAAAAAAGAAGUCAUGAAACAGUAAGCACAACACCACAAUGAGACCUCGUCCCAACAGCCAUUAUAAAAUUGUCAGAAAUUAUUCUGACAACAGCACCAAGAUAGCAAGAAAGGCAGAGGACAAAAUAUAUCAAAAGAGAACAGAAACUUGUGGAGGGGACAGAUGGCUCAACUAAAAGAUGCGUUCAGUUUAAAUCGGCUCACUAGGGCAUUAUCUGUUAUUUAUGUUCUGUUUUUGUGCACAACUAUACAGGAGCAGACAUCCAUUUAAUUAAUGUUAC